GAUGCACACGCACACGGCACGACGGUGGCAGGUACGGCGCAGCAGUGCGGCGCAGGCCAGGCGGAGGCUCAAGUCGGCGUAGUCGGUGUGAAGGGCGCUGGCCACUGCAGCGCCUCAGCUAGCGUCCCCUGGCACCAGCCGAGCCCCCGCAGUUCUCAUGUCCCUCGGCCGCGCGCAACAACUCCAGCAAAAAAGAGAGGCCUCGCCAGCGGGCUCGUCCACGCAAUUCCUCAGGAACGCGCCUCUCCCCGGGUUCUCGGCCACGCGCUGCCCAUGCAGCAACCCCACUGAACGAGUCAGCGCACCCGCCCGCCCUCUGUGCACCGAAUCGUCUGCCAGGCCGCACUACAGCUCGAGAGCCGUCGCAAGCCGACCCAGCGCAUAGCAUCGUAGGAGAGCAUGUCCGGAGACGUCCCCAGCGCCUCGCCGCCGGGCCGAGCGUCGCAACCGCCCUCGCACACGCGUACCUACCAGGCAUGCAUCCCUUGCCGCCGCCGCAAGGUGCGGUGCGACCUGGGGCCCGUCGACAAUCCCCACGACCCGCCCUGCGUGCGCUGCCGCCGCGAGAGCAAGGAGUGCUUCUUCUCCGCCACGCGCCGCAAGAGGAAGACGGACGGCGGCGACCUCGACGACGACGACGACUACGAGCUGCGCAACGGCCGGAAGCGCGCCCGCACCGUCGACGAUGAGGGCCCCGUCCCCCCCGCGCCCCUCAGCGCCAACGGCAGCGCCUACGUCUCCCAGCCUUUGACCCCCGGCGGCUCUGUUGGCCGGUACGAGCCUCUGCGCCGCCCGACCACGUCGCACGGCCCGCCGCACGACGACGAGGACCAGAAGCUCAACAACAAGUCCGUGGCCGUCAUGCAGACGGGCGAGAUCUACAGCGGCCACGACGCCCUCAACCUGCUGUUCGAGGCCGCCGGCCGCAACGGCGACAUCGAGCACCACCGCACCGGCAGUGCCUCGAGCCUCCAGCGUCCCACCGGCCUGGCUCCCAGCAGCACGCCCGGCUCCCAGCCAACCUUUGCCAGCCCCCAGGCCCAGCCGCACGCGCGGACUCACUCUCGCGCCGCGGCAGCGGAGCCCGCCGUCGACCCCGCCAUCGCCCAGCAGUACACGGCCCUGCCCGAGCCCCCCAACGAGGCCGCCUUUGCCGACGCCAUCAGGGCGUGGACAAAGUUCCGCUUCGUGCGCGCCGGCUGGAUGACGGCCAAGGAAGCAGUGCGGUACAUCGACUACUUCUACACCUACCUCUCGCCCCUGACGCCCAUUGUCGUGCCAGACUACCGCGACCACGCGUUGCAUGCCAAGCUGCUCAAAGAGGAGCCCAUGCUUGUGAUAACCUUGUUGACCAUCGCGACCCGCUUCCGCACCACCGACUUCCCGCAGGGUCCUGGCGCGAUAUCGCGUGCGUAUCUGAUCCACGAGAAGCUGUGGAAGUACCUGCAGGGCAUGAUAGACCGCAUGAUCUUUGGCCAGGAGCAGUUCGGGGGCGGAUUCUGUGGCGCAGGCCAGCAGCCGGGCUCUGAUGUGAAUCCCCUCUCGCGCAAGGGUCUGCGGACGCUAGGCACAGUAGAAAGCCUCAUGCUGCUCACCGAGUGGCACCCCCGUGCCCUCCAUUUCCCGCCGGGUGACGACGACGACGAGUUGGUCCUUCCCGACGACUCGUUUGACGCCGAUGUCCCCGCAAACGCGGCGGCAGCGGAGCAUCUUAAGGGAGAGAGCGGUCAGCGCAUCGAUAGCUGGCUGGAGCCCUGCUGGCGGAGUGACCGCAUGUGCUGGAUGCUGCUGGGCAAUGCAGUGUCGCUCGCCUUUGAGAUUGGUGUCUUUGACGAGACGAGCGAGACCGAGUUCGAGGAGGCCAACCAGCAUCUCUCCCACGCGACUGUGAAAGCCUACUUCAGGCGCAAGAACCAUCUUAAAGACCUGCUCAUCAUCUACGUGACACAGACCAGCGGUAGGCUAGGGCUCACGUCGAUGCUCCCUCAGGUGAAGCGCGAGAGCGACUCCGUGAUGCAAAAGACUCCUCUCGAGCUCUACCAGGAGCGUGUUGCUCGGAUCAAGGCGCCUCCGCCGCACCACGGCAUGAGGCCAGAUGGCCAGCGACUGCCGCUCGAAUCUGUUGCCACCCAAGAGCGCCAUGCCGUACAGGAUCUUGUGCUUGACUUCUGGGACCGCAUUGCCAAGAUCAUGGAAAUAGGCAACCUCAAAUUGUUCCCAAACAGACGUAGGACGCGGGACCUGCUCAAGUCUGGCAAGUACGAGGAGCUACUCCAGAAUUUCCAGACGCCGCUUGUGGACUGGAAGCGCGGCUUCGAAGCUGCACCCCAAGUGCCCCCACAGCUUCGUCAUGUCCUUGCAAUUGAGUACGAGUACACGCGCGUCUAUGUGAAUUCGUUAGCCCUGCAGGCUGUUGUAGAGCGCUGCACUCACAACACGCCGCAACAGACGCACGCACAACCCAACGGAAUGGGUCCAUCCGCUACUGCAAACGACGAAGGUGGCGCCAUACCGUUCAGCACCCUGACGAGAUGGUACGGAAACGACAGGCACCACAUCGACGAAGUAGUCAGUGCGAGUCGCAAUGUCCUGAGCAUUGUAGUCAACGGACUGUACCCCGAGGGCUACCUCCGCCACGCGCCCGUCCGCACUUUCUUCCGCAUCGUGUCCGUGGCCAUCAUCCUGCUCAAGACCUUCGCCCUCGGCGCAACCGAAAAGGACGUGGCCAAAACCCUGGGGCUGCUCGACCAAGCCGUCUACGCCCUCCGUACCUCCAUCGUCGAUGACGUGCACGUCGGCAACCGCUUCGCCGACCUCGUCGACACGCUCACGCAUAGGAUCCGCGGGCGCUUCGUCCGGCUCGCGGCAAACGGCUCGACGGGCAACUCCCGCGGCGUCACACCGCCCCCGCGGAGCCGCGGCGAGACGCCCAUGGGCCCGCCCCCCGCCACGUAUCUCCCACAGACGCUCAACGGCAACAACGGCGCAAACCCCAACUUCACCUUCGGCAACUUCACCGGCUUAUCGCGGCCAGGGUCGCCUGGCCUCGGCCGCGCCGGCAUCACGGCGUCCGGCCGCGCAACACCCAUCCCAGAGUACAACUCCCUCGCCGGCAUCUCGCUCGAGUCGUACGACCCCACCUCCAACCAGAUCUCCAUUAUGCCGCCACCAGGCUUCUCGUCGAAUGCCAGCUUCAACAAUAGCACCAAUAGCAACGGCAAGGUCGACAGCAACGGCGGGUGGCAGGCACAGGGCUGGGGCAACGGCGCGGGAGGAGGCGGGUUUCAGAACGAGGACUGGCUUGCGCUCCCGCUGGAUCCGCUGCUGGAUCAGUGGGGCGCAGAUAUCAGUCAGACAGCCAUGGGGCCGGAUGUUGGCGGCAUGGAUAUGCUGGAUAUUCUGCUGAAUAUGGGGGGGCCGCCGGGGAGUGCGUAGUGAGUGGGCAGAGCGUGAGCGUGGGCAGGUGGCGUGGGAGGGUUGCUGUGGGCAAGCGAGGUCUUCAUUUGUUUGGGAUGGAUAGAUGGGAAGAACCACGUGUCUCCGGACGGGGGCAUAGUGAUUUCCUGCCAGAAGACCAGCGGCGAGGUGGGAUGGUGGGUGGUGAGUGGUGUGGAGCGUGCGGCGAGUAUGAUACCCGACUUCAGUCUGCUUUGCGCAAGCGAUGACGUCUGAGUCUUUUCCCUUUCUUCCUAUUUCCUUCUUCCUCCCUCAACGAGCGUUGGCGGACCGUGAGUCGUCGGCGCAGCCACCUAUGUAUAUGACGCGAUAUGACAGAGAAU